UCAGUCUUUCCCUUCAUUUCACCGGAACGCUUUCGGCCAUUGUUGUUGUCAUGUAACAUAAUCAUAGUGUAUGUUUAUUCCAAAAAAUACCGAGGAGGCGAAUAUCGUUGGAAUUCAAUCGGUAUUAUCUCUAAUAUCGAUUACCGAGAUAUGUAUGUGAAACGGAUAUGUUAUGAAUGGGGAAGCGGCGAGGCGUUACUUUACUUUAACAAGUUAACCGCGUAACCUGGUUAGGGGGUUGGCUGAGGUAAGGACAGUGGUCGAGGUGUUUUGUUAGGUGCCUGAAUAUAUAUCGAUUUUUUUUCUCUUCAUAACAGUCAGCUGAUCGUAAGGAAACUGGCACAAUGUUGUGUGAUCAGAUGGACACGGACAUGUUGGGGAAUAAUGAUCUGUACUCACACAAGUAGGACCUAAUAUUUGUUUUCAAUGUGGAAUUGUAUUUUUGCUUGUUGAGUAUUCAGAUAACCUAUUUGGUCGUAUUUAGGCGAACAUAUUAGGUCAUCAAAAGAUCUCCAAACAACAAUUUGACUAUAAUUUGUAUAUAUAUAUUUUUCAGAGAAUUACCUAAUAUUCUCGAAGCAAUCAUGUCAGACUACACACAGAGGUCUCUGCCUUUUUGUCGGCGGCUGAGUUACGCCGUGGGACACUUUCUGAACGACCUGUGUGCGUCUAUGUGGUUCACCUAUCUGCUGGUGUACUACCACUCCGUGCUGGGCUUUCAGAACACCUAUGCAGGUGUGUUACUGCUGGUGGGGCAGAUAGCGGACGGGGUCUGCACACCCCUUAUCGGCUACGAGUCGGACCGGACGCCGGGGUGUGGGACAUACGGCAAGAGGAAGACAUGGCAUUUAGUGGGUACGGUCAGUGUGCUGAUGUCCUUUGCGUUCAUCUUUAAUCAGUGUGUGGGGUGUGACCAGUACACCUCUCAGUGGGUCAGCCUGACCUACUUCAUCCCGUUCAUCAUCAUCUUCCAGUUCGGCUGGGCUGCAACGCAGAUCUCACACCUGUCACUCAUCCCUGAGCUGGUGUCCUGCGAACACGCCAAGGUGGAGCUCACUGCUUACAGGUAUGCGUUUACAGUGAUGGCCAAUAUAACAGUGUACGCUGUGGCCUAUCUGCUGUUCCACUUCCAGACCGGAUCAGAUGAGGACCCCUCUCUCACUGAGACCCUUGGGCCCAUAGAUAUCCCUAUAUUCAGGAACCUGAGCCUCAUCGUGCUGGGUAUCGGUGCUCUUUCCUCUGUCCUCUUUCACUUGGGCACACGUGAAGAGCAGAGGGGAGCAGGGGAAGAGAAGAGGGAAGAGGAGGAGGAGGAUGAAGAAGAGAAAGGAGAGCGGCGGCCCCUUAUCCCUCGCCCUCAGGCUGCCGGCCCUGUCCAGUCGCUGCUGAGGUGGAAAUGCUGGCUGAAACAGCCUUCCUUUUAUCAGCCUCUGUCUCCCUCCCUGUCUCUGUCCAUCAGUACUCAGGUCUGCUGUCCAGCGUGUGUGUGGUACUACCACUAUGUCAUGGUCAUAGCAACAGGGGGCGUGGCCGUGGUAGCAGCUCUCAGUCUCUGUACCAUCCUCGUCUGGCCUAUCAGGAUCGUCCGCCGUCUGCCUUACAUCUCAGGUCUGAUGGGCAGCGAGGAUCAGGACAUCUCUGAGGACAACUCUUACCAGCCUAGACCAACGGUCAACUAAGGAACUAUGGCUGGCAGAGGUAUGGUGGACAGGGUUAACUGGGCCCUGCUCUACUGAAGCAGAGACCAGGACCGGGGAUCUACUGAAGCAGAGACCAGGACCGGGGAUCUACUGAAGCAGAGACCAGGAUCCGGGGCUCUACUGAAGCAGAGACCAGGACCCGGGGCCUCUACUGAAGCAGAGACCAGGACCCGGGGCCUCUACUGAAGCAGAGACCAGGACCCGGGGCCUCUACUGAAGCAGAGACCAGGACCCGGGGCUCUACUGAAGCAGAGACCAGGACCCGGGGCUCUACUGAAGCAGAGACCAGGACCCGGGGCUCUACUGAAGCAGAGACCAGGAUCCGGGGCUCUACUGAAGCAGAGACCAGCCAGUCCCACUUAUCCCUGGGUGAAUAACCACUGCAGAACCCAGCCUGUCUCUUCAGGGAUUAUAGUUUAGCUCUGUGGCCUCUCCAGGACCUCUCCAGGACCUCUCCAGGACCUCUCCAGGACCUCUCCAGAACCUCUCCAGAACCUCUCCAGGACCUCUCCAGGACCUCUCCAGAACCUCUCCAGGACUCACUCAGGCAUCUUAAAACUCUCAACUGGAACAACAAACAUUUAGACUGAAAAGUCAUCUCACCGCAGUGUUCACAAACAGCCAACUGGACUAACAGAGGUUCCUCUGAACUGAAAGAAUCAGGAGACUUUCCUUCUGGACCUGACCAAUAACUGUUCUGUACUGUAGGUGAGUUGGGUUGAACAGUAGCCAUUAUGUCCCAUUUCUACUAUAGAUCAAAACGUUGCUUUGCUGUCGCAGAGUAUCGGUCAAUACAGUGUACACUAUUACUGUCAACAUGAGGGAGGCUAUACAGUAACAGUCCAUUCUAUCUCUCUCUCUUUCAAUCAGCACCUUCUCACAGUCAUACUGCAGUUGAUUCAGUCGGUUGAUUCAGUCGGUUGAUUCAGUCGGUUGGUUCAGUCGGUUGGUUCAGUCGGUUGGUUCAGUCGGUUGGUUCAGUCGGUUGGUUCAGUCGGUUGGUUCAGUCGGUUGGUUCAGUCGGUUGGUUCAGUCGGUUGAUUCAGUCGGUUGAUUCAGUCGGUUGGUUCAGUCGGUUGGUUCAGUCGGUUGAUUCAGUCGGUUGAUUCAGUCGGUUGAUUCAGUCGGUUGAUUCAGUCGGUUGAUUCAGUCGGUUGAUUCAGUCGGUUGAUUCAGUCGGUUGGUUCAGUUCAACAGUGCCUAUAUGAUUGAGUAUAUAUCUACGCUGACACACAUGGGUCCAGAAGACUUACGUACCACUCUAGAGAAAAGUCCUAUAAUACACUAUUAUUCCAUCUCUUGUGAAUGUCCCCCAAAAAAGACAUUAUUGAACUUAAUUGACACACUAUUCAUACUGCUUACAGCCCACUGGGCAUACACUGGUUGAUUCAGUGUUGUUUCAACGUCAUUUCAAUGAAAUGACAUUGAACCAACGUUGAAUGGACGUUGAAUGGACGUCUGCCCAGUGGGAGGUGCCAUGUCAUUAGAACAGCUGUUGUUUUGAGGUACGGUGUCUUUUGUAAAUGUAUCUAUUGUUUGUUUUAUUACAGGGAACAUUUCAUUCCAGUGUGGUACUCAUUGAAGUGUUGUAGUAGUAAUACGCCGUUGUGUUGCUUUAAACUACAUCAUAUUGUGUGUUUUUGAUGACAUGUUCUAAUGUAAAUUACAUUGCAUUGCAAGUAAAAUAAGGAUUUGCGUGGGGGGCCAUUUAUUACAUUAAAACGAAUCAGGAUUUAAGCAGUAGCUUGUGUGAAAAGGGAUACUUUGCAAUAUGGAUAAACUGAAUGGAAUGUAUACUGAGCAAAAAUAUAAACGCGACAAUUUCAACCAUUUUACUGAGUUACUGUUCAUAUGAAUUCAUUAGGGCCUAAUCUAUGGAUUUCACAUGACUUCAGGGGCAAAGCCAUGGGUGAAUCUUGGCAAAGGAGAAAUGCUCACUAACAGGGAUGUAAACAAAUUGGUGCUCAACUUGAGAGAAAUAAUAUUUUUGUGCGUAUGGAACAUUUCUGGGAUUUUUUUUUUUUUUCAGCUCAUGUAACAUGGGACCAACACUUUUACAUGUUGUUUUUUUAUAUUUUUUGUUCAGUAUAUAAGAAUAGUAGAAUAUAUUUUCUGGUGAUACUCCGGUUACUGGACAGACAGAGAUGAUUCUACGUCUCAAACAAUAGAACUACAAUCAUUAGAGUAGAAAUCAUUCUAAUUCUAUGGGGAAAACAUUCUGCACAGGGCGACUAGGAAACUGCCUGAUAGGAAAACAUUUUAUCUCUCAUUGCUUUUUAUUUCCAAUAUAUUGCGAAGUUACUUUUUUUCCCCCUACAGUUUGUCUCUGUUUAUCAUGUUCAUUGAAGUAUAUUAAACAUAUUUCAUACUACUGUCA